CCGAGGCCCCGGGGAGCUGGGCCAGGCCCGGGACACGGACCCCUCACCCCCAACACCACCCCCACCACCACCACCACGACGAGCAAGAGGAGGAGGAGGAGGAAGAGAAGGAGGAAGCCAUGGCGGACGAGCCCGUCCUGGACUUGGUGGAGAAGCUGCAAGCCAGACUGGCCGCGAACCCGGACCCCAAAAAGCUGCUGAGACAUCUGAAGAGGCUCUCAGACCUGCCCAUCACCAUCGACAUCCUUGUGGAAACCGGAGUUGGGAAAACCGUCAACGGGCUGAGGAAGCACGAGUUAGUCGGGGGCUUUGCCAAGGAUCUGGUGGCUCGGUGGAAAAGGCUGGUGCCCACUCCCCAUGAAGUAGAAAGGCACGCCGUCGAGGAGGAGGACCGGAGCGUUUCCCGAAAACGACCCCGUGAGCCUUCCCCCAGACCGCAGGUAGAGGAGGAGGAGGAGGAAGAAGAGGACGACGACGACACGGCCGCCAUGAGAGAAGGCUGGAGGGCUUCCUGUAGCCAGUCCCGCAGCCCGGAGCACAGAGGGAAGAAGGCCAGGAGGCUCCCCGGAUCCGAGAGACCGGCCAGAGGCCCCCUUCCCGCCGAGCCGCGGGAGGACAGGAGCCGAUGGGGCAAGGUCUCGCCCCUCUACUCUUCGGACCAGGAGUAUUCGGACCCCGGCCAGGCCCAAUCCCCGGAGCUGAGCGGGAGCCCCCAGGGGCACUACCAGGAUGCUUACCGGGGCCGGGAGCCGGGGGACGGGCCGCCCGCCGCCCACCGCAAGCCCACCAGAGGCCCCGGGGAGCCCGGGACCCGGAACAAAGAGCACAAGUCCGCACACCGGCGCGGUCAGGAAGAGGGCCGGCGGCCUCCCUCGGGUGAUGGUGCCAAGGAUAAGUUGACCCCGGCCGGCGGGUCCAAGCGGGAGAAGGAGCGAGAGGGCAGCAGCUCCAGGAAACGGCCCCUCCCCGCCGCCGAGGCCGCGCCGGGCAACCAACCCAAAAAGCCCAAGCUCAAGGACUCCAAACUGGACAGGCCCAAGGCGGGCACCGACGGCACGGAGGGGGCGAGGUGGCGGUGGGACGAGGACCCAGCCCCCCGGGGCAGGGAGAAGGGUGCCGCCAACAGCACAAAGACUCAAGAGGGCAAGGGCGACCGGAAAGCCACGGCCCCUUCCCUAGCCAGACCUAAUGAGGCCGAGGCCGAAGACGAGUUCGAGCCGCCCACCAUGUCGUUCGAGUCCUACCUCAGCUACGACCAGCCCCAGAGGAAGAAGAAGAAGCCCCUCAAGGCUUCCGGAGGCCCCGAAGGGGACAAGGGGCACCACAAGCAGAACGGCUCCAAGGCCGGCGGCAAGAGCGCCGACCCCGUCCCCAAACCACCCAAGGAGACCGAGGGCAAACCGGAGAGGCGACCGCCUGCGGACAGCCCCGCCAAGGCGAAGAGGAUCCCCAUCGACGUGGUGCCGACGCUCCCGGACAUCCCCCUGCCCGCGAUGCAGACCACGUACAGGCCGCUGCCGUCUCUGGACCUGACGCCCCCCUCCCAGCCCAAGAGGAAAGUGGUCUCCUGGCCUCAGGACGAAGAGGAGUCUGGAUUCACUGGACGCAGGCUGAACUCCAAGAUGCAGGUGUACUCGGGUUCCAAGUCCGCGUACCUGCCCAAGAUGAUGUCCCUCUACGAGCAGUGCAUCCGCGUCCUCAACAACAACAUAGACUCAAUCUAUGAAGUUGGAGGGGUCCCCUACUCGGUGCUGGAGCCGGUCCUGGAGAGGUGCACCCCGGAGCAGCUGUAUCGCAUCGAAGAGUGCAAUCACGUCUUAAUCGAAGAAAGCGAUCAGCUCUGGAGGACGCACUGCCAACGAGACUUUAAGCGGGAGAGACCCGAGGAGUUCGAGUCCUGGCGGGAGAUGUACCUCCGGCUGCACGAUGCCCGCGAACAACGGCUACUGCUCCUGACGCAGAAUAUCCGCUCCGCCCACGCCAACAAACCCAAAGGCCGCCAGGCCAAGAUGGCCUUCGUCAACUCCGUGGCCAAGCCUCCUCGCGACGUGCGGAGAAGGCAGGAGAAGUUCGGAACCGGGGGGGCCGCCGUCGCAGAAAGGAUCAAAAUCAAGCCGGCCCCGUUCCCGUCUGGCAGCGGCGGUGGCAGCAGCUACACCUCGGUGAGCGGCUCCAACCACAGCAGCAAUGGCCCGGCCUACGACGGCCCCAGCACAAGCGGCGCCCACUCCGCCCCGCACGUCGUGAGCUACGACCCCCGGAAGCCCCCCGUGAAGAAAAUCGCCCCCAUGAUGGCCAAGACCAUCAAGGCUUUCAAGAACAGAUUCUCCCGACGGUAGAGGGGCCCGGCCCAGGGGACGACGGCGGGGACAGGAAGAGGAAAACCCCACCGGAGUCCCCGUCCACGGACGCCGCCAUCUCCGGGACGAG